GGUUUAAACUGGCCAGGAGGGGGGAACUUCCUUUUUCGCCUGGUCCAGGAAAAAAAAACAGUUGGAGGCUUUUAUAAAUGGGAACUAUGUUCAGCUCUCAGUUUGUCUAUCAGCUUCGGAUCUUCGAAGACAUAGAUUUAUCGUGAGUCUGUUUAACACCGACAUUAUGAUUCCUACAACACGAGCUCUGCUGAUUUGUGCGGCUUUUCUCUGCGGGCUCAAGGAAGUGGUCCUCUCUCAGCACGGACACUGCGCCGGGAAUCUGUGUUUUGUGCUUCUUCAAAAGCCCGAAGACUUUCCAGGUGCGCAGAAAAACUGCAAAGAAGUGGGAGGACAGUUACUCAAGAUCAGCUCGGAACAAGCACAGAAGACGUUACCGACUCCACUGAACAGGAUGAGCGGUAGCUACUGGCUGGCGCUGCACGACAGCGCCGGCGGGACCACAGGAGAAGUCUCGGCACGUCUCCAUAACUGCUCCUCCAUCUCCGUGACGAACGAAGGGAAACUCUCCGUGUCGUGGAAGCCGUGCCAUGGCAAACUGGACGGAUUUCUGUGCCAGUAUUCAACCACGGAUCUCUGUGGUCGCUUGCAGGCGGGCGGAGGUGCACAGGUGAGGUACAUCACGUACUGGGGUUUCCAGGUCAGUGAUUGGGAGAGGUUUCCACCAGCAACCAUAGCCGUGGCGGAAAAGGUUGGCGGUAAAUAUCCGAACUCGAAACAUUUGUGUUUCGCCCAGACCUGGACGCGAGCUCCCUGGGAGUGUGAAGUGCUGAACGGCGGCUGUGACCACAAGUGCAAGUCUUCACCACGCACCUGCGUCUGUCCCGCGGGACAAACCCUCCAUCGCAACAACAUCACCUGCACCGCCAAGGACCCGUGCGCCGACUGCGCCCAAGGGUGCCAGCAGGAGGGCGACUCUCACGUGUGCACGUGCAGACAGGGCUACAGGCUGGCGAGGGGCAGGAAGAGCUGCGUGGACGUGGAUGAGUGCGAGGAGAGGAAGGACUUGUGCACAGGUGAGAAUAGGGAGUGUAUGAACACCGAGGGAGGGUUUGAGUGCACGUGCAAAGACGGCUUCGUGGAAGACGACGGAGUGUGUGUGAACAAUGCAAUCUGUGAGAAGUGUGAGCACAUGUUGUGUAAGAAGCGCAAUGGGGCUUACCGGUGCGAGUGCCGGGAGGGGUUCAGUGUGUCAGCUGCAGAUCCCACCAAGUGUAACGUACACUGCGCCGAGAGAGACUGUCCAGCUGACUGCGUCUACGAUCCAGAUGUUGAAAGGAUUGACUUGCAGAAGUGCUACUGCCCUGACGGUUAUAUUAGACACAACGGGAACGAUACAGCCCUCUGCACUGACAUUAAUGAAUGUGAGAUGGGGCCACAGUGUGACCACAUGUGUGAAAAUCUAUUCGGUAGUUACAGAUGUAUCUGUCACGAGGGGUUUGAACUGCACCAGAACAGGUGUGUACGUGUAGCGACCAUGGACUGGGAGGAAGGAUCAGGCACAACUUCUCCAUCAUACCCCGCAGCAUCCACAGCUCUCCCGGCCGCAGUACCCUCUUACAUCAAGACCGGCAGUGUCCUGGGAAUCAGUGUGUUCAUUGUGCUGUGUGCUGCCUCGCUGUAUCUUUUGGUCCAAAUCAUGAUGAAGCGUUGCGGCAGAUUUGAGCUUCCCUCCUUCAAACAUCCAGACAUUGAUAUUUUCUAUCUGCAGCAGGUGACCACAGAGACGUACAAGAGGUUAUCCUUCGACAAACAGUUCAAGAACGACUUUCAGAGACAGUAACUGCACCACCAAAGACCUUUGACCAUCCCCAUGUCUCAUGCACUGUUUCCUUUCCUCAGACUCAUCAGAUAGAUGAAACUUUUAUCACAGAGUUAUCCUGUAGGCACUGUUAAUCGGAAACUAUUUAUCUCUUAAAGCUGGGUUAAACAAAGACAAAUGAAGACUUAGAAAAAACAGCUUAAUACUUCCCCAUGUGUAACAGAUUUUUUACCUUUUAUUGCUAAGAUGGAAAAUUCUGGAUUUCCUUCCCAAUUAGGCUAAUUUUUGGAAUGAUGGCAAAUCAGAUGUUGUUAGACUGGAAACACUAAUAGUAAUGGUACUGAAAAGUUAGUAUGGUCAUUUUUUUAAAUCAGAAGUUCAAGAAACCAUAUUUUUUGUUACUGUCAGACAAGUGACAUGAUUAACUUGUCAAAGAACCAGUUUUAUAUUUCAUUUUGUUACUGUCUAAUUAAACUGUAGACACACACUGUAGUUUAGUUCUUGAACAUCAAUAGGAAAACAAAACCUUCCUGUCUUUGCUUGACAUUUCUUUUUGCAUACCAUAAUAUUAUAUUCCAUAUAUUGGCUGGCAUAAUUUGUGACACUUUAAUCUCAGUAUUGAUAAAGUCAGGAUCAUAUUAUUUGCAGUUGUUUUGUGGCUUACAUGAGGGCGGUGACUCGCUGUGACUGAUGUUUGCUCAUAGAAUAUUCCUGUCUUUCUUAGAUCUGGACAUUUAUGAUAUGGAUGCGCAGUGUAUUUCAUUUUGAAGUGGACCUCUAUUUGUUUUUGGGAUGUUGUUGUUGCCAUAGGGACUGUUUGUGAAGCUUGUGUUAAGGCUUUUAUGAAAACAGCAGCCAACUGCAGCAGCUCAGGGCUUUUUGACACUCUCUCCUUUAAAAUAAUUGACAUGACGGCAUUAAAACAAACUGCAGAUUUUCUUUACAAUCAUCUAAAUUCACAGGAUAUUGACAGACUGAUAUUUGAUAAUGAGAAACAGAAUAAAUAGAAAUCUGUAAACUCUUGUUUACUCUUCAAGGCAUGAUUUGUAAAGAAUAAUCAAUUUUACAGCCUGAAAACUCACUAGUGCAAUGUCAACAGUGCAUGACAGAUAGUAAAUGCAACACUGAUGAUUUUAAUAUUGAUAGUUACAGUUUAGUCUUUAUGUAUCAGAACAAUGAAUGUCAUGUUAUCUUACUGAUAGCGCUGAGGCGCUGCACUGGCUGUAUAUUUCUAACACUCGCGUUACCAUGAGGUUAAAUGUUACUAACUUUACUGUAUAACAGACUGGUCUUUAGAGAUAAGCUAAACAUGAAUGUAAAACUGUGCUGCUAACAUCUACUUAUAUAAUAGUCUGUUAUGAAAACACAUGUGCACCUCCUGCUGAUAUACCCACCCACUGUAUAUCUGUAAAACAGGCUUCUUGCCAGCUUUUAGAUUUUUAUUGUUUGUUGCUGAAUAUGUCACUAUUGAAUGAUUAUGUAAAUUAAAAGAUUAACAUUGGA